AUGCUGGAGGCUUUUGAAGUCCUGACCACCUCCGGCGUGGUGCUGUGGUCCAAGUCGUACGCACCAGUGGGGGCCCAUGUUAUUAACAGCCUGAUCAACGACGUUUUUAUCGAGGAGAAAGUCGUGCCACAGAGCGCCUCGGGCACCGGCGUAUCGCCAGUAUUCAAGAAGGAGAAAUACACGCUGAAAUGGCGACGCAAUAAGGAGUUCAACUUGAUCUUUGUGGCCGUUUACCAAUCGCUCCUCCAUCUCGGAUGGAUCGACCGACUUCUGGAGAACAUUUCGACCAUCUUCAUCGACCUCUACAAGGACCAGCUGAAGGGGAACCGCACCCGGAUCACGACCUACCGCUUCGACCCGUACUUUGAGCAGCAAGUCCGCGAGCUAGAGGACAACACUGGCAGCGUCGCGGAGACUUAUUCUGCAGAGAUCGAUGACAAGAAGGACCCGCUGGUCUCAUCGGACAAUGGAGGUCCUCCGCCGCCGCCUGUUCCCGGCUUCUUGAAGGCGCAGCAUUCAGCUGCGCGAGCCGGGGCGACCUCGGACGAGGGCACGCCACCGGCAACUCCUGAUACUUCUAGAUCUACAACACCCGUCACGGGCCACCUCCUCACUACCAAAGCUGGUCCCAGUGGUCGAGUCUCUCGCCGUGCGCGCAAGGCCGCGAACGCAAGCGCGAAUGCCUCAUCUGGUGACGAACACUCUCGCAACCGCAAGCCGGCCAAGGGCUCUGCGAAGAAGAUGCGCAAGUGGGACGCUGACGGAUUCGCGGAUGAGGAUGAUGGUGAGAUUUUGGACUACUCUGCUCCGGCGGAUGAUGGCGAGGCGGCCGCUCCUGCUGUCGAGGCUGUCUCACAGGACGAUUGGGGUCGACGAACUGGUAAGGGCCAGUUUGUCUUGAAGGAGCUAGGCGAGGAGGUUCACAGUAUUCUGGACCAUGCGGACGCUGAAAAGUCCAAGGACGGCGCGAGCUCUGGUAUGGUGGGAUCUGGCUUCAAUGCCAUCGGUGGCUUCUUCCGCAACAUUGUCGGCGGCAAGACCCUGACCGAGUCGGAUCUCCAGAAGCCCUUGAAGGCAAUGGAAGACCAUCUGCUGAAGAAGAACGUUGCCCGUGAAGCCGCCGUCCGCCUGUGCGAGGGUGUGGAGCGUGAGAUGGUCGGAAAGAAGACCGGCAACUUCCAAAGCGUCGAUGCAGCCCUGCGCAUUGCCAUGGAGGCAUCGCUGCGCAAGAUCCUGACACCCACCUCUUCACUAGACCUGCUCCGAGAGAUCAACGCCGUGACUGCCCCAACCACCAAGCAGCACGCCCCCCGACCCUACGUGAUGUCUAUUGUCGGUGUCAACGGAGUCGGCAAGUCCACCAACCUCAGCAAAAUCUGCUUCUUCCUGCUGCAGAACAACUACCGCGUCCUCAUCGCCGCCUGUGACACCUUCCGAUCCGGAGCCGUGGAACAACUCCGCGUCCACGCCCGCAACCUGAAAGAACUCAGUGCUCGCGAGAACGUGGGCGAAGUCGACCUCUACGAAAAGGGCUACGGCAAGGACGCAGCCAACGUCGCCAAGGACGCCGUCGACUACGCGGCCGCCAACAAGUACGACGUCGUCUUGAUCGAUACCGCCGGCCGCCGCCACAAUGACCAGCGACUGAUGUCCUCGCUUGAGAAGUUCGCCAAGUUCGCCAACCCGGACAAGAUCUUCAUGGUUGGUGAGGCGCUUGUUGGAACGGACAGUGUCAUGCAAGCCCGCAAUUUCAACCAGGCUUUUGGAACGGGUCGCAAUCUGGAUGGCUUCAUAAUUAGCAAGUGCGAUACCGUGGGCGAUAUGGUCGGCACACUGGUGAGCAUGGUUCAUGCGACAGGUAUUCCGAUUGUUUUCCUGGGUGUUGGACAGCACUAUGGUGAUCUGCGUGGAUUGAGUGUGCCUUGGGCUGUUAGUCUACUGAUGAAGUGA